UCAAUCUCAUUGCCUUGAAGGCUUAUUGGCUGGAAAUCAUUUGUGGUUCAAUCAGGAACAAAUAUGGUGGUGUGCGAGGUUUAGCGUUACUUUUUUUAACUGCCGGUUGCCGGUUUUCUUGGGCGCGCGGUGCUGGCCACGUUUGCUGUUUGGCGGAGGGAGGCAGAGAAUCGAGUUGCGACAUGUCCGUUUUCCACGACGAAGUGGAGAUAGAGGACUUCGAGUACGAUGAGGAGACGGAGACCUACAGCUAUCCGUGCCCCUGUGGAGACCGCUUUCUUAUUACGCGGGAAGAUUUGGAGAAUGGGGAAGAUGUGGCCACCUGCCCAAGUUGUUCACUCAUAGUCAAAGUGAUCUACGACAAGGAACAGUUCAUGUGUGGCGAAGAAGUCUCACCACUUACAGCAAACAAAGAACUAGUUAAAUGCUGAUGGUCAAUUCAGUAAAUGUCGCUCUUCUUAAAAAAUGUGGCAACAAUUGGACAGAAAGGACACCUGUUCUGAAGACUCCAUGCUUGUAGUAAUUUAUUGCUUAGCAGCAGCUGCUUCAGUUCAAAAGAGAAUUGAUGUGGUGAAAAAACUGUCUACGUGUGCAUAAGAAACUGUUGAUAUUUGAAAGUAUUGAAUAAUUUAUCAAAUUUAAGACUGAAAAUGAAGAUGGUGGAUAUGCACAUAGGUAUCAUGAAUCCUUUUUGAAUGCUUCCACUGAUCCUGGACUCUGAUUCUUCUGGCAAUACGCAGAAUAUAAACUACUGGGUUUUGUGUUUUAAAAAAGAAAGACUGUAGCUUUUUUUAAAAAAAGAGGGAGACAGUAAUUACAAAACUUCAAAUUCAGGUUUAUAAUAGGCACCAUCCCUCAAUCAACUGGGGCCAAAGGCUUGCUGAAAAACACAGCUUGUAGUUGUUUAUGGGAGACUACUAGGUAGGAGCCAUGAUGUCUCAGGAUAGUGGGAGGAUGUUCCAAAGAGUGAGGGCUACCAUGGAGAAGGUUCGCUGUCUAAUCCAUCCCCCACAUAUUUCUCCCAUAUGAGAGCAUGAUAUUCUCAGCAGGCCUUCUAUGGAUAACUGUCAUGCCUCACACAACUGGGCAAGAUUAAGGAAGCAAGAACUAUAAGACUUCAGUAAGGUAUUAAUGUGAAUCUUGGGGUAAAUACAGAAUUUUGGAAACAAUAAAAGGAAUCUCUCACCCUCAUUUUUUUGAAUUCA